UUAGAUGGAGACCCAAAAUUAGCGCGCUCGACUCUCCCAGUUCAUUCGUGCCCUUUGGUCUCCCACUCACAGCCUUCGUCUUCUCUCUUUGUUCUCAACCUUAGCUCUCAACGUCUCCCGCAACUCUCAAUGACGAUGCCCUUUAGUCUCUCACUCGCAACCCUAGCUCGUGUUCUCUCCACAUUCUCGGAAGCUCUCAAUGUCGUCUUCUCUCUCUAUUCUCACCCACAGCCAUCGUCGUCUCCCUCAACUCGCAAUGACGACGCUCUUCAGUCUCUCACCCGCAACCCUCGUGUUCUCUCCACAUUCUCGGAAGCUCUCAACGUCAUCUUCUCUCUCUAUUACCCACAGUCGUCAUUUUCUCAACAUUCCCUUUCCAUUCGUGAGGGAACAGUAAGGAGCUCAAUAACCCGUGAGAAAUUUGAAGAGCUUUGUAAAGACAUUUGGGAAAAAUUACUUUCACUUGUGAAAGAGGUGCUUGAGCAUUCUAGCUUCAUUGGAAUAGAUAUGCAUUGGAGUUGAUUGGAGGUGCCACCAGAGUGCCAAAAUUACAGGUUUGAAUAAUAUUUUUCCCUUUGACAAUUCUUUUGGAAGUGUGCACUUAGGGAAGAUUGGGAUUAGAUUUUGCUGUGUUGUAUUACAGUUAUGCAUGUAUUCAUAGUUAGGAUGUGUGAUAGGCAUUUUCAUGCCAAGAACAAUUUUGAACACCAUGAUUUAUUUGGAUUGUUGCUCUGUCUUUGUCUAAGAACCUGUGAAUUUAUGUAUGUUAUGACCAAGUGACAUACAAUUACGUGUGUUAGAAACAAAAGUGAAGUUGAACUUGAGAAUGUCUUUAUGAGGUAGAAACUCUAUUUCCUCA